AUGGAAGAAUAUAGGAGAUGCUUGGAGAGGCAUAAGCAAGAAAGAAAGGAGAGAAACCGUAGAGCCGAUGAAAUCAAUGAAUUGCAGAGACAAGUCGAUGAACAAGUUCUCAUAGCAGUGGCAAUGGAAGAGGAAGAGAAUCAAGGUCGCCGCCGUGGUUCACAAGUCGGCCGUCGCCGGAAUGUAGAUAGACAUAGGCAUUCUUGGGGCGAUUUAGAAUGCAAUUUGUUCAAUAAAGUCAUGCAUGAUAUUUGCAAUUAUGAUGCAUACUUUGUUCAAAAGUGUGAUGCUGCUGGGGUUUUGGGGCUUCUUCCGGAGCAAAAGCUUACAGCUGUUAUACGAAUAUUGGCGUAUGGAGCAUCUGCUGAUCAGGUGGAUGAGGUUGCCCGAAUGGGGAAGUCCACUACGUUGGAGGCUUUGGUAAGAUUUUGUGAUGCAGUUGAAAAUCUGUACACUAGGGACUACCUGCGUAGACCUACUCCCAGGGACCUCCAACGGCUUCUACAAAAAGCCGAAGCUCGAGGAUUUCCAGGAAUGAUUGGUGAUUACGGAAAUAGAAAAGGCCAAAAAAGUAUCAUCCUGGAAGCCGUUGUUGGCUUCGACACAUGGGUUUGGCAUGCCUUCUUCAGAGUUGCCGGAGCCCAAAAUGACCUCAACGUCUUGGGUCAAUCUCCGGUCUUCAACGAUGUUUUGAGAAGCCAAGGCCCCAAUAUUACCUAUCAAGUCAACAAUACAGUCUACCAGAUGGGGUAUUAUCUAGCUGACGGUAUCUACCCAAGGUGGACCACAUUUGUCAAAUCCAUUCCGAAUCCCCGAUCCCAUAAGCAAAAAUUAUUUGCUACUUAUCAAGAAGGAUACAGGAAAGAUGUCGAAAGGUGUUUUGGCAUCCUUCAAGCUCGGUGGUUGAUUAUUCGAGGUGCGGCCCGUAUGUUUGAUGAGGAGAUCCUCCGAAGCAUUAUGAUGACUUGCAUCAUCCUCCAUAAUAUGAUUGUGGAUGAUGAGUACGAUUAUGAUGCUGGAGAGGUCUACGAACCGGAUCCAAUGAACACAGCCUUGAGCCGGAUUUAUGAAAGGCCCAUGGGGCCAAAUGGAGAACUGUUUGAGCCAGAGCCGUUGGUGAGGGACGAUUGUUUCAUGACUCGGAUGAUAGAUCGAUAUACAGAGAUGCAAUCUUCGUAUAUUCAUGAAAGGCGUCAACUUGACUUGAUGGAGCAUCUAUGGGCGGUGAGAGGGAAUGAAGAUGAAUGA